AUGUCGACAGAGAGUAUCGCAGCGGUCGUCCCCUAUAACCCCAAGAAUGUCGUAGCGGAGGAGGACCCCGUCAAGAGCCACGCGGCGGAGCGGCGCGAGCACCGCCGCAGGCUGCUCCGGCGAGGGGCGUACGGCCUGGUGGCGGUGCUGGUGGUGGCGGCGGUCGUCCUCGUUACGGUGGGCUUGACCGUCUACAAGGUGCGCGAACCGAGGAUGAGGAUGGACUCCGUUAACCUACAGUGGAAAAACUUGCCGCAGAACGUCAUCCUGAGGGUGGCGGCCGUCGCCUUGGUGAAGAACCAGAACGACGUCACCUUCUACUUCCAGCGAAGUUUGACCUCCGUCUACUGGAACGGCAUGGAAUUGGCCAACGCCACCGGGCCGAGCGGGAAGACCGGCGCGCGACGAAUUUACCGGAUGGGGCUGAACCUCGAUGUGACCUACGACAAAUUGGCGGCGUUCCCGACUCUGAUCGACCGCCUGAAGGACGGUGUUCUGAAGUUGAACAGCUCCACGACGGUCAACGGGCACGUCAAGGUGUUCGGGAUGUUCCACCACCACGUCGAUGUUUUCAUCAACUGCACUAUCUCCUUGGACCUGUGGAAGGAGACCAUCACCGACCAGCUCUGUAACGAGUCGGUGAGUGUUUAG